AUUUAGUCGAGCUUGAACGCCGUUGUGAGUGGGUUGUGUUCGUGUGUUAUUGACAAUCGUGUACGCGUGUUUAAUAAUAUUCAUAAAAUUCACGUGCGUUUUACAAAAAUACAAUAUAAGUGCCACAGAAGAACGUUACAGGAUAAUAUAUGUGAAUAACAAUAACUGUGAUAACAAACAUUGUUAGAAGUUUUAUUUUUAGUUUUAGUUCAUAGAUAUUUUGGUGAUGACUUAUUAAAUAAUGAGUGUCUUUGGAAUGGUUUAGUUUAUUCGUAAUGGUGACUGUAUAGUGUUUAUUAGUACUAAUAAGUUGUAAUUGAGAUGGCAAUGGCGGUGGUCAAUAUUUGCGUGUGUUUUUUGUUGGUGAUGUACCAGUUGUCGGCGGCUUCUAGCGAAGCUUCCUCGGAAUCCACAGAUUUGGGACUGACAGAUUCGAACGACGUCGAUGCGGGGGUGAGGUGUUACUGUAACACGGCUCAGUGCGUGGGCACGGGGUACAUGUGCCGCUCGGCCCGCAGCGGGGGAUGCUACAGCGAGCUGCCCGCGCCCCGCCGCACGCACCACGCGCGCCACGGCUGCCUCCACCACCUCGCCGACACGGAAGAAGAAGCGCUGUCUCGUUGCCAGAACUCACCAGGGUCUGGAGGUCCUCCUCCAUCAUCAGAACACUCUCUACUGCUGUGUUGCUUCAGGGAUCUCUGCAACCACGAGGACAGUCCUCUGGCCAGAGCGAGACUCAAUCUCACAAGUAAUGAAUAUGAAGGGCAGACCGUGGCGAGCGAGCGCGGUGCCAACUACAACGGCGAGGUGUGGUUCAAAGCGGCCACCAUCGCGGUGCCGGUCUGCGGGGCCCUCAUACUGUUCCUGCUCGUCGCCGUCGCAGUCAGGCUGCUCAAGGCUGACGCACUGCUGCAUGCUGAUAGGAAACUUAGGGGCGGCUAUAUGUCACCACUAGCUCAAAACACUUCAGAAGACGUCAAAAAGGUGUGGGUGGGUACACCAUCAGCCCCACUCCUGGUGGCGCCGGGCGGCUGCCUGGUGGCCGUCGAGCGGGCCCAGCUCGUCGACACUCAACAACUCUGUGAUAUCCAGCGGUAGGCACGUGGGCGAAUCUCUUGGCGGGUUGUGCGUGGAAUGGACGGACUGAAUGUGAAUGUUAUUGUACAUUGGGUGCGGUUUUAUAUGCUGAAUACAUUUUUGAGAAACCUCCAGAGAGCUUAUCUGUACCAGUGGAAAAGUUGUUGCAGUUAUGGAAUCGACGUGACGGUGAUGCACGGUGUAGAGCGCCAUCUAUCUUCGAUAAUUGCAACAGUUCUUGUUUUAACGGUGUUGCCAGGUUUCCUGCCCAGUCUACGAAAUAAAUAACCGCAAUUAAGUGGUUCACAACUUAUUUGGUAACUGGGAAUAAUGAGGUUCUUAAAAAUGAAUUUGGACAAAAUUGGUCAAUUUCGAAACGGGACUGUAAUGACUUGAUGCUUCUUGACAUAUUUAAGGUCUUGGACUCAAUGAAAGCACGGUUAAUAUCAACUUAUAAUUGGAUUACUAAAGAUCAUCAAAAUCCGUAUUUUCACUGCCAAUAUCCAAGACUUUAACGACUGGAACUGACAAAAUGAAGUCCUAGAAAUAACUACCAUCCAAUAUGUAAAAUGAUUGAAAAAUAUCAUUGAAUAGGUUGUGCAUAAUUUCUGAAUACAAAAUAGAUUGAAGUAACAUUAUGAGUGUGUGUAAAUUGGUUUGUAUGUAUGUUUAGGUAUUAAAAACGACUGAUCGCCUCGCGCCACUAUUAUUAGAAGCUUUUAUGCGACUACAAAUGCUGAGUUUUGCUGCCAAAGUCAAUAGUUGUAAGCGAUCUCGAAUUAGCUACGAACAUACAAAUUUUGAAGCUCUUAAUUUGUAAUCAGAUGUGUAAUUUAACAAUUUGUAUGAAUAAUAAACUCUUUUCUUGUAUUUGACUGUUAUAACCUCAUGUAAAAAUAAUUUUUGCUUAAUAUUGACGUUUUGACAGCAAUUCACAGUAUACGCUUAUCGGACGUGCUUGACAAGUGGCGACACGGCAUUUUUUUAUGAAUCUAAUUUCGUAAAAUUGAUCUCAGAUUUAUACAAUGAAAUCCCCCACAACACGGACGGCCCGCGGGUAUACCAAAUUUACCACAUUGUAUAUUUAAUUUUAUUAAUUAUAUUGUUUCUAUUAAGAGCUUUGUGUUCCUCUAAACCUUGUAAAUGUAUCUUUUAUAAUAUUAAGCCGGUAACUUCUGUAACUUAUGAGUUACCAUAGAGUGAAAUGAAUUACCAAAUUACCAAUCAAGCCAUGUCUUAAAAAGUUAAUGAACUGUAAUGAAUCAUGUCAAUUAUUGUAAAAAACGGUGUUGUACUGAUAGCAGAAUGUGUUCAAAAAAAAUAAUCUGCCUAUUUUUAAAUGUAUCAUGAACUUUUGCUAUGAUCUAAUUUGAUAGUGAUUAUAAUUGAAAAUCGUGUAAAAUCUAUUUAAUUGAAUAAUGUAAUCUGCAAUACUAUUCAAAAAAAUGUAGACAAUAUUCUAUUUAGUUAUUUAUAUAAUCAAUUGUAUCACAUAAUUUCUGCAUGCAUUUCCUUCUUAUAUAAAUGUAAAAAUUGUAUUUUUGUAAAUAUAAUGUUAAGUUUGUUACCUGUUAUGAUGUUGUUAAGGGCAGUUUCUGAAAGUGAAAUCUAUUUGGAGCAUUUCCUAGUCUUUUUUAUCUGAUUUUAGCUUAUACUAUAACUGUGUACAUUGUAAACUCUGAAUAGAUUUCGCUUAUGGUCGAUUACUUUAAGGUUAUGUUAUUUCGUUCGAAAAUUAUACAAUGUAUGUUAUGUAAAUAUUUGCUUAGAAAUUUUGCGUAUACGUUUUAUUUCGAUUAUAAGUUUUUAUCUAACGCACGUCAGAGAACUGAUUGAAAAAAAACAAACAUUCAUAAUAAAUACCCCUCUCAUAGUUAUAAGAAUUCUAGAAAUCUUCAAUUACUCAAAAGGCAUGUAUCAAAUUAUUCAACUAUUCCUGUCAAUAGAUAUUUAAAGCAUUUUUCCUCUUAUUAUAUUGUCUAUCAAACCUUAAUAUAAAACACCUUACUAAUCCACCCUCAACCAACCAAUGCAACUGACAUAAUAAACAGAAACAUAUAUAAUAAACGUGCGUUAGAUACACAAUGAACCAACAUUUAUUUCUCGACCAUAACACAGAGAUUGUCAAGUAAAUGAAGCUUCCCUAAGGUGCCUUACCUACUAUAGAAGUUAAUACAUAGGUGCAAAACAAAAUACUCCAUAAUCUAAUGAAUAUAUCUGCAGUCUAUGUAAAUAUUAUGUGUACGUGUAUAAAUAAAAUGAAAUUAUUUUAUUACUGGA